GUAGGGCAUGCUAUGACCGCUUCAUUACUCCUCCAUUCGCACUGGAUUGACCCUGUGAUGUUUCUCUACGACAACGGCUUGGAUGAGAGAAGCAAGAAUAUGGAGGGAUUUACUGGGGGCAAUUUUGCUGCAAACCAGUGCAGGAAUUUGUUAGCGCAUCCAACCUCGCUGGCUCCGAGCACCACUUACGCUGCGAGUGAGGUGCCAGUCUCUGGUAUGGGGGAGCCUGGCAAACAAUGCAGCCCCUGUUCUGCCACUCAGAGCUCGCCCAAUGCAUCUUUGCCUUAUGGAUAUUUUGGCAGCAGUUAUUACCCAUGUAGGAUGUCACAUGGCGGGGUGAAGCCUUGCGCGCAGCCCACUGGUUAUGGCGAUAAAUAUAUGGACUCGGCUGUCUCUGGUGAGGAUUUCUCCAGCAGGGCAAAGGAAUUUGCGUUUUACCAAGGCUAUUCCUCGGGUCCUUACCAGCCCAGCUACUUGGACGUCCCUGUCGUACCAGCGCUGAGUGCUCCAUCUGAGCCAAGACAUGAGUCUCUGCUGCCCAUGGAGCCCUACCAGCCCUGGGCCAUCACCAAUGGUUGGAGUGGUCAGGUAUACUGCAGCAAGGAGCAGCCACAGUCAAAUGCUCUUUGGAAAUCUUCAUUACAAGACAACAUAUCUGGUGGAGACAGCUCUGGCCGCCGUGGGAGAAAGAAGCGUGUGCCUUACACCAAGGUGCAGCUUAAAGAACUGGAAAGGGAGUACGCCGCCAAUAAAUUCAUCACCAAGGACAAAAGGAGGAGGAUAUCCGCGCAGACAAACCUGACAGAGAGACAAGUGACAAUCUGGUUUCAGAACAGGCGCGUAAAGGAGAAGAAGGUCGUCGUUAAAUUCAAGAGCUCCAGUUAGCUCAGGAGAUACAGAAACAGGAGGUGAAAAAAAAAAAACUUUGCUAUAAUUUAUUACAUUAUGAACGGUUUCUUUGUGGCCAUAUAGCGGCUCUGUUUUGACCUACACAUUUCCUUCCUCACAUUUUAAUUGGAACCAGUCGAUGCGGCCUGUUGACAGAAGAUCGGAAAUAGUUUGCAGGGACAGGGCGACUCAGCGAGGGAUGUAUGAUGUCCUGAAAAUAUUGACCAAACAAAAUGACAUUUGCCCUUAAAGGCUUGAGACACCCCAAGUAUGCCCUUUUAAUUCUACUAUAUCCAAUCCAGAAAUGUAGACUGGAAACAAUUAAGGUAUUCGUCUUUAGAGGAAUACAUGAUUGACAAUUCGUCUUAUGCGGUGGUAAACAAAUAGGUGAACCUCAACUUCAGUCUGUGAUCAUCACAAAGAAAACAUGCAAAGUAUAUAGUAAUAACAUAAAAAGAAAAAUAAAUAUUUUCAAUAUUCAUUUGCAAUAAAUAAAUCAAAUAUGCAAUGACAGCCUACAACACUUAUGUUUGUGCCUAUAGGCCUACAUGAACAAUUUGUUUUUGUUUCAUAGUUUGGAAGAAAAAACUGUUUACAUACAUCCCUGCCUUUUGCAUUUUAAAUAAACCUCUAUCUGAUUACGCGUUAUCACUCGUAAAACAAGCCUGAGCAUUUCAAUAGUUUGACCACACGGUUUUCUAAAACACUAAUUUCUGAACACAGGAUUGUAUUCAAUGUCCUGCAUGUCAGUCAAGAAAAGUAGGCUUGUAAUUACCUUAAGCAUAUUUAAACAUGUAAAUACUAUUUGACUGCAACUAUCUAUUCUCCCUUUUUUGACUGCAAUAGCCAGAGUUUUUUGAAAAUAAAUAUUUGAGACGCAA